CGUAAUGGAAGUGGUGAGUUGGUUGAAGUUGGGUAUUGGGAUCUUAGAGGUGAAAACAGAUCUUCAGCAUUUAAAAUGAAGUUUAUGAAACUUGGAUUGAAGCCUGAUUCAUUUCAGACUGAUAGGGACAAUAUUAGUUUAGUAUGAGACCCUUUUUUCAUUAAUCCUAGUAACUGUUUUCUUUUUUUUUUGCAUGAAUUAUAUUUUUUGGGUUACUUAUUCAGUGAUAUAGAAUUAGUAUCUCUGUUUACUUGUAUUCUAUCUAAAUUCAUUCUGACAAACAAGGUCAUUUUGUGCUUGCACUAACAAAAAAUGUCUCUAGGUUUAUCCUGAAGGAACACAUUUGAUGAUUCCCUUGUUUGAAAGGCCUAUCGUUAAUGAUGUUCGUGCACGUCCCAAUCUUGUUGAGAGCUCUUCAGGGAGUCAUGAUCUCCAAAUGCAUGAGAUGGCAGUAGAGAGUGCAUGGAUUUUUGAUAUGGAUUGUUAUUAUCAAACUCUGAUUCUUGCUAGAAGGAUUUUUGUGAUUGGUGGGACACAUAUGCUCAAGAAGAUUAACUUGACUAAUCCAAAUCAAAAUGAAGACAUAAAACUUCCUUCAAAUACAAAAGCUGUUAAAGAUCUGUAUGUCUCCCCUUGUGGGAAACUUGUACUUUUAGCUUCGAUGGGUAAAAAAUUAUCAAUUACUAGCAUGGGCUGCAACAAAGUUGUCAUCAGUUAUAGUUUCCCGAUUCGAGAUUUGAUAUGGACUUGUUUGGUAAUUUGGAGGGCCGAUGGUAGCUCAUUUUGUGUUUUUGUUCAUAUUACCUUGUAUUUUGAUUAUGUUGUAAAUUUUAUAUUUUUGUUAGUAUUACGGGGCAUGUUUGGUAAUUCGCCCUUGAUAUUUUAUUUUUGUUGAUAUUAGUAGACGUUUUUUGUUGGGUAUUAGGAGAUGUGUUUGGUAAU